CGUGACAUGUCACGUUACCGGGAAAGAAGAGUCUGUGUAACAGAGUCGGCAACGGGAACAUCCAGCCUUUUGUUGCUUUUGGUUGCUAAAAUUCAGAAUCAGAAGCGGCGAAUUUCUUGCCAAAGCUCUAUCUGUCUCUUUGUUGCCCAAUUGCCAAUAACUGCCACUUUUCCUCGACUUGCCCAAAUUUCAAGGCUUCCACAUCAAUUUUCCAUGAAGUUCUAAAUUCAGGUGAUGGCAGACUCAGUUUCAUCAACAUUAACAUCGACGUCGAAUAAUCCGAACCAGAGCUCAACAUAUUUGACAAACCUAUGGGAUCUUGACGUGGAUUCGCUGGCUCAUUGUUCCAGCUAUCUCAGCCUCCAGGACCUCUCCAACAUGGCCAUGACCUGCAAGUAUUUUAGAAAGGUCGCUUAUUCCGACUCCGUCUGGCUUCGUUGGUUCAGGGAGCAUUGGCGGCAUGAAACGCCUUCCAGUUCAUCGCCGACAUCAGGAAUCAGGGACGCUUAUUUAGCUAGGCGUACGGCAUUGCGGCAGUUUAAGUUCCUCGAUCCAAUCGUUAUUGACUACUUUCUAGAUGCAAAACCUUUUGAUCAUAUUCUGUUUGACAAAAAUGAGAUUGUAUUUUCUCAGGGUUCCUUGAUACGGAAGAUGAAGAUUUGUAGCAUGAAAAGUGGAGGAGAUUCGGUUUACAAUCUAAAUGAUCACAAAGCUAGAAUUACUUGCAUGAGGUUGUUUUCAUUGAAUGAAACUUCUUUAUUUCGAAGUGAAUCCCAAAGAAAUGAGAAUCUUUUGGUAACCUCGAGCAGUGAUCACUCAAUUCGCCUGUGGUGGAAGGGUGCAAGCCAACGAUGUUUUAGAGGUCACAAUGGUCCAGUUACAAUGCUAUCGGAUAAAUUAUUAGGCCAUGGUAUUGGAGAAGUUUUGGCAAGUGGAGGGGAAGAUGGUACAGUUCGCCUUUGGUCCCUUAGCUCCAGUGGUAAACGCGGUCAGCAAUCUUUGAAGGCUACAUUAUAUGGUCAUGAAAAACCCAUAAAAUUAAUUUCUGUUGCUGGCCACAAAACCUCUCUUUUGGUGACCAUCUCAAAUGAUUCUAAGGUAAGGGUUUGGGAUACAACUACAUCAUCUGCUGUUCGUUCGUCGUGCUGUGUUGGAAUGACUUCUACUCAUGGUGCACCUGUGAACAUGAAGUGUCAUGAUUCGUUGUUAUAUGUUGCUGCUGGUUCCUCUGUUGUUGCUAUUGAUCUGAGGACAAUGCAAAAAGCUAUCACUGCGGCAAUUUGUCAAUCAAAGUUGUAUUCAUUUGAGGCUAUGCCUUCAAAGUCCUUAAUCUGCACAGGCAGUAAUGACAGAGCAAUGCUUUGGGAUAUUAGAAGGAACCAGGAUAUAGUGAAACCUGAACCAAUAGCUGAGUUGGAUGGACACACAGGUCCAGUGACUUUUUUGCACAUGGAUCCAUAUAAAAUAGUUACUGCAGGGACUGAAGAUUACCUUGUAAAUGUUUGGGAGGCAAACACUGGGACACAUGCUAAUUCCUUGACAUGUGAUUCUCCUGAAGAACAAAGUGGCUAUUCUGGGUGUUCGGCCAUGGCAGUAGAUGGUUAUCGAAUUGUUACAGCUAGCUAUGGUGGAGAGGAGGGAGUUAUACGUUUUAGGGACUUCAGUGAUGCUUCUUGCCCAAUUGUUAAAAAUGAAGAUGAUAAUGCUUCAAAGUUUUGGAGUCUGUCCUAAGUGAUACUGAUGUCUAAAUUGAUUUUCUUGUAUAGUAUUAGAUCUAUCAGUAAAGCUUUCUUUCUAUUUU